ACAAAACAUGUUCUGUCUUGGACCCACCUACGUGCAUAUAUACACACUUUUAGCUUCAGAACAGUCACUUCAAAUCCACCAAAUCUCAAAUAGCAAAUGGAGAGAACAUUUCUCGCAUUGUUAAUCCUCCUCUUCCUCUGCUUCUCCAUCUCAUCAGAUUCCACGGAGCUCAGGCCAUCAGCAAGCUUACUCGACCAAAAACAAGUCCAUGGGGCUACAGUUAAAGACAUAAAAGGAGAGGAAAAAGAAGACAAGAGCAUAUACAUCUUCAGGGCAGGGAAAGGAGCUCAUGGUCAUGGGUUUAAAGGUGGAAGAGGUGGAGGCCGUAAAGCAUCUCCCAAACGUAACGCUGCCAUGGACCACCGGCCACAGUUGUUCUUCUCGUCCGUAUCCAUUCUUUUCACAGGCUUUAUAAUGCUUUCAUUAGGUCCAUUCGACAUGUUGAUAAGAUGACUAUGUUGUGUGCCUAAAUGUUUCAACUUGAGAGUUAACAUGUGUUACUCAGAAAACUUCAAAUUUUAUUAUACCUUAUACGGAACUUAAGUACUAUUGUAUUAUGAACA